CUCUGAUUAGACUCUAAAAGCUAUAGACAAAGUGAGAGAGUGUGUGUGUGUGUGAGUGAGUGAGUGAGUGAGAGAAAGACAGAGCAGUACUGACUGCUUCAGUCAUUCACUCAUGGGGCGUUUACUACUGUAGAAGUAUCGUCAUUGUAUGACUGGAUUACUGGUUCCUCCCUAUGGUGUUAUGGAGAGUGUACUAAACACUGAUAGAAUGCCUGACAAAGAAAAUCUGAGAAACAAUUCCCCAGGAUCAUCGUCCAAACACUUCAAUAAGGUGGCAUCAGAGAAGAUCUUACAGGCAGGUAAAGUGUUACGAAACACCAUCCUGUCCCGUGCACCUCACAUGAUCAGAGACAGGAAGUACCACCUGAAAACAUACAGGCAGUGCUGUAUAGGCACAGAGCUUGUUGAUUGGCUGUUGCAGCACACGUCCUGUGUUCACUCUCGUGUUCAGGCAGUGGGCAUGUGGCAGGUGCUGCUGGAGGACGGAGUGUUAAACCACGUUGACCAGGAGCUGAGUUUCCAAGAUAAGUAUCUCUUCUAUCGCUUCCUGGAGGACGAGAUGGAGGAUGCUUCCCUCCCCAGUGAGGAUGAGAAGAAAGAGAAUGAUGAAGAGCUGCAGGACACCCUUCUCCUCCUCUCUCAAAUCGGACCUGAUGCCCAUCUGCGAAUGAUCCUGCGGAAACAGCCUGGACAGAGAACAUUAGAUGACCUGGAGAUCAUUUAUGAGGAGCUGCUGCAUAUUAAAGCCUUAUCUUAUCUCUCCACCACUGUGAAGAGGGAAUUAGCUGGCGUUCUUAUAUUUGAGUCUCAUGCAAAAGCAGGCACAGUGUUGUUUAAUCAAGGAGAGGAGGGGACAUCGUGGUACAUCAUCCUGAAGGGCUCUGUUAAUGUCGUGAUCUAUGGGAAGGGUGUAGUAUGCACACUUCAUGAGGGUGAUGACUUUGGAAAGCUGGCUCUGGUGAAUGACGCACCACGGGCGGCAUCCAUUGUACUGAGAGAGGAUAACUGUCACUUCCUGAGAGUGGAUAAAGAAGACUUCAACAGAAUCCUCAGGGAUGUGGAGGCAAACACAGUGCGUCUGAAGGAGCAUGAGGAGGAUGUCUUAGUUUUGCAGAGAAGUAACACUAGGAGCUCCAGUUCAUCUCCUCUGAAGUACACAGUGAUGUCAGGAACUCCAGAGAAGAUUCUAGAACACCUCCUUGAGACAAUUAAACUAGAUUUCCAAUUCACAGAGUCAGAUCCUGUUCUGGAUGACUUUUUGCUCAUGCACUGUGUUUUUGUCCCUAACGCUCAGCUGUGUCCUCUUCUCAUGGCCCACUAUCACGCUGAGGCGUCUCAGGGCAGUGAACAGGAGCGGAUGGAUUACAAACUCAAUAACAAACGCAGGGUGAUUUGUCUGGUGUUACAAUGGGCUGCCAUCAACACAGACCAUCUUCAAGAGGAGGAGAGCUCGUACAACUUUCUGCAGGAGUUCUACAAGGCAGUGUGUGAAGAUUCCAGAAUCAUUCCAGCUCUGACAGAUCAGCUGCCCGAACUGGAGAAGAUCAUCAAGCAAAAUUCAGAUGAUGGCAGGCCCUCACAGAAAAAGCAUAAAAUUCUGCUGCGUCAGUUCAGCAUGGGGAAUGACAGGCUGCAGGAGCGACAGCCAAUCAGGAGCACCGAUGAGAUCCUCUUUAAAGUGUACUGCAGUGAUCACACCUACACCACUAUCAGAGUGCCUGUUGCUGCAUCUGUCAGAGAGGUCAUCUCCGCAGUUACUGAUAAACUGGGGUCAGGUGAUGACCAUCUGCUCAUUCACAUGAGCUCAGCUGGAGAUAAAGUGCUUUUGAAGCCGUGUGAUGUGUCCAUCUUCUCUUCACUGAGCAUUAAUGGCCGUCUUUUCAUCUGCCCAAGAGACCAGCUCAACUCUUUGUCUCCACUACCAGAGCAGGAGGGACCGUCUGCAGGAUCCAUGUCCACGUUUGAGCUCAUGAGCUCUAAAGAUCUGGCUCAUCAGAUGACCCUCUAUGACUGGGAGCUCUUUGACUGUGUACACGAGCACGAGCUGAUUUAUCACACGUUUGGGCGUCAGCAUUUCAUGAAGACCACGGCUAAUCUGGACCUGUUCUUGAGGCGGUUUAAUGAGGUCCAGCUGUGGGUGGUGACAGAGGUGUGUUUGUGUCCCACACUCAGCAAACGAGUCCAACUGCUCAAGAAGUUCAUCAAGAUCGCUGCACACUGUAAAGAGUUUAGGAAUCUGAACUCAUUCUUUGCCAUUAUCAUGGGCCUGGGAAACCCAGCCGUCUGCAGACUCAGUCAGACAUGGGAGAAACUGCCCAGCAAGUUCAAGAAGUUUUAUGGAGAGUUUGAAAAUCUGAUGGAUCCUUCCAGGAAUCACAGAGCGUAUCGACUAACAAUGGCCAAGUUAGAACCACCAAUCAUCCCUUUCAUGCCUUUAUUAAUUAAAGACAUGACUUUCACACAUGAGGGUAACAAGACGUUUAUUGAAAGAUUGGUCAACUUUGAGAAAAUGAGAAUGAUUGCUAAUACAGUCAGAAUUGUGAGAUACUGCAGAAGCCAGCCUUUCAAUCAAGAAGCACCUCAGGUGACUGGUAAGAACCAUCAGGACGUGCGGAGUUAUGUGCGUCACAUAAGUGUGAUUGACAACCAGCGCACCCUAUCACAGCUCUCUCAUCGGCUGGAGCCGCGCCGGACCUGAGCCGCAUUCACAUCACUAACUGAACUACACGAUUAAUGCUGCUUUACCUCUGCCAGUCAAUAAGUUAUAACCUCCUCCCCUGCAGCGUUUUCACACUACAGACAGAUAUGCCUAGGCACAAGGUCUUUCCAUUGUUUUGGGCUAUCAAUUGAAGGUGUUGCUUUACAAGCCGAUCAUUCUCUAGGACAGGGGUUUUAAAAUUGGGUGAA